AUAGACGUGGGCAACGCUCGUUGCUACACGUCGUUUACAGUUGCAUCAUCUUUGAAUGCAAACGCCUUCUGUUAAUUAUUUGCGAAACCAUAUUACUCACUCUCGGCGUCACCAGGUCUGAAUUGCACGACGCUUUCUACCGCAUAUCGAUAUACCUUGUUCACAUAUCAAUAAUAUGAAGUUCUCCAACGCUCUCACCUUCGCCCUCGCGGCCACUUCCUCGGUCAACGCGCUUUCGAUACCAGACACCGAAGAUUCUGCAUCUCUGGUGUUACGCGAUGUUCAGCGCGUUGCGCAGUCUUUUGAAGAAUACCACCCAGCUCCAGAACUCUCUAAGCGCAAGGGCGGCGGUGGCGGAGGGGGCGGAGGUCGUGGCGGAGGCGGCGGUGGCGGUGGAGGAAAAGGCGGAUCUGGAGGCGGUGGACGGACCUCAUCUUCAUCCAAUGUCGGCGGGCAAACACGCUCUGGCACCGGCACCCCACGCGCAUAUGGCAACGGAGGCUAUUACGGCGGUGGUGCUGCGAUCCCAUACCAGUCCUCCGCGCGUAGUCCUAAGGGUAUUCUCGGGGUGUUCAUCGGCGGCGCGGCACUGAGCGCGCUGUUCGUUGGCACGUUCGCGUAUGGCGCAUACAUGUAUCCAUAUGGCAGCAGGUACACGUUCCGCAACGUCAGCGCAGGACAGAACGGCACGACCACAUUGCCGGUAAAGUGCAUAUGUGCCGCGUUCCUCAGCUGCGGGUGUGAUGAGAAUACGGACCAGACAUACAUCAACAGUUUGGUUGGAGACGGGGAUUAUAACAAGCUGAACAAGACCCUGGUGCAAGUCACAGAGCCAAAUGGAACGAGGACGCUGGCUAUCAAUGGCACGCUGGCUAAUGGCACAACUGCGCCGGGUGGUGUGGAUGAUGCUGGCGGUCGCAACGCGCCGCUUGAACAAGCCGGGCUGUUGAUUCUUGGUGCUGCUAUGAGCUAUGCGCUCCUUGCUUAA